GGGGCGUUGGGAGUACGCAACUCUCUGCUUUUUCCCGGGAACAGCACAUUAUCUCCCACGAUCUUGUUCCAAUUCGGAGUACUGGCUACGCUCCCCGAAGCUAUUCUUCCAGAUCAUUGAGGGGUUCGAGUUCAAUAGUCUCGUUUCUUUUUUGAAAGCAAUUUAGUGGAGUUUCUAAAAUUUACACCAAGUGAACAAUGGACGAUACUUCGAAGAACAAAUAUGGAUCUUCCUCUGACCCAUCCAUGAAAAAUAAGGCUAAACAAUUGGUUGAUGAUCUUCAAGGAAUCUUUACCAAGCUUCGAUCUGCAAGAGAAGAGAAUAGGUCUAAUGAUAUAAUUAUCUACGAGGAGCUGGUGCAUCAGACUCUUCAAGAGUGGAAAACAGAAUUGAACGCGCCAUCUCCAGCCUCCUCCUUAGCUGAUGGAAAUCUUGGAUUAUUUUCUGAGGAGUUGGCCCAGCUUUUGCAAGAGCUUGAGGAGGAAGACGAUGCGACUAGUGAACUGGCAAAGAGUGCGCCAUUGAAGACUGAGCCAGAUCUUCAUAACAUCAACGAAACCAACCGUUCAUCAUUUCAGGAAAUACUAUGUACAUCGCAGAAGUGUUCUGAUGAGAACCAACAAGGUCAUGUUCUGGAAGACUUUUGCCAAUAUGAAGGCGCUGCUCCAACUCCAAACAGAAAAAAUGCUGUUAAUAGCUUAGAUAUGAUUACUCAACCGGAUAACCAUCAACUCAGUUUGAAUCAAGAUGUAAAUUACUUCAGAGGAGGUCAUAACUCUGAUUUGAUUGAACUGUGCAAUAUAUAUCAGGAAUGCAGGCAAAAUUCAGCCAUAAAAAGCACAGACCCAGAUCAAUUUACUUUAGAUGAGGAUUUUGAUUGCGAUGUGUUUGUUGGAGCUGAUGAUAUCCAACAGUCUGGAGAGGAUUUUUUGCCUAAUAUUCUUCCGAAUAUAUGCCCUCCACCUUCUGCUUUUUUAGGCCCAAAAUGUGCUUUAUGGGAUUGCUUUAGGCCAGCUCAAGGGUUAAAAUGUUGCCAGGACUACUGCUGCAGUUCUCAUGAGAUUUUGGCAAAUAAUGAGGGUCUUCCCGGCAUGACUCCAAUUUUGCGUCCUGGGGGCAUUGAUGUUAAGGAUGGUCCUUUGUUCGCUGCUGUUAAUGCGAAGACACUAGGUAAGGAGGUGGGCAUCCCCAAUUGUGAAGGUGCUGCUUCAACUAAAUCCCCCUGGAAUGCUCCUGAGUUAUUUGAUCUUUCUCUUUUCAAGGGUGAAACGGUGCGGGAAUGGCUGUUUUUUGACAAGCCUAGAAGGGCUUUUGAUAGUGGAAAUAGAAAACAAAGAUCACUCCCCGAUUACAGCGGACGUGGCUGGCAUGAAUCAAGGAAGCAAGUGAUGAAGGAAUAUGAGGGACAGAAGAGGUCCUAUUACAUGGACCCUCAGCCCCUAAGUUAUCUUGAGUGGCAUUUGUACGAAUAUACGGUCAAUAAGUAUGAUGGUUACGCAUUAUACAGACUGGAAUUAAAGCUUGUAGAUAAAAAGAAAAGUCCUAAAGGAAAAGUGACGAAGGAAUCUCUUGCUGAUAUACAGAACAAGAUGGGAAAGCUAAGUGCCGAUGCUCCGUGAAGAAAAUGACCAAAGAUCCUACUUGAAGGAUAACGGAUGACCUAUUCUGGGUUUGGAAACAUAGCAUCUCAUGAAAAGUUUAGAAAAAGAAAAUACUCCAUAGGUUGGUUUUGCCAAAUGUAAAUAUUUGACUAUGCAAGAUAUAGCAUUUGGAAACUCUUGCCAUUCAUUGGAAACGGUCAUAUCAGUAUCUUGUGUUUCAAUUUGCCACUCACAAGCUCAUCUCUUCCCUAGCUACUAUGCUGCUUUUGGAUAUUGGUGUCAUGUCAAGUCAACUAAUAAGGAAUCAGUUAAUUCUUUCUUGAUGAUAAAA